ACGCGGUAUAAAACCUCCACGCGACUGCCAUUUCAUCAUUUUUCAGCUUUCAUGAAAGAUUAAAGUGCUGUGAUUUUAGCUGCGCUCCCCAAAAUGAGGUGCCAGUUUGUGCUGACCGUGUGGAUUUUAUUGCUGUGUCAUCAAGCACACAGCGCAGCAUUAACAGCAAGGGGUUUACCCGAAGGCUCUCCUGCUGAAGGUCCACUCCUUGAUGAUGAAGAGUACGAAGAUGAAUUUGAGCCUGCUGAGGACUUGGGCAACCUGGACAGUGCAGAGGCCAAAGAGAGCAAACAUCCCCCGCAGGGCGAGGACCCUACGAAUACGGGCCGAAAUGACAAUACCAACCCGUCAACCGAACCAGAGGCAAAGCAAGUGACUGAUAAAACGAGUCAAGCAGAGGCAAAGGAAACUCCGGUAACUCCGAAACCAGAGGAGAAAAAUGGUUCGCCGGCGAAGCCAUCAGAAGAAGCACUUAAAACAGGAUCACAAACAGAAGCCAGCAAAGAACCAGAGAAGAAAGUACCCGAAAAUCAGAACGGUUCUCAACCAAAAGGCACUACCGACGAUGGAAAACCUGCUGAUGGUACCAAGGGGCUCUCCGACGAACAGAAACAAGCAGACAAAAAUGCGCGUAGAUCUAAGUGGAAACUCGCAAGGGAUAAAUUGACAGGGCCCAAGAGUGAAAUCGGGAAUCAGCAAAAUGCCCCCGCCAACCCUCAGGGCGUUACUCAAAAAUCGGAACCUUCUCCUACGGGUGGUAAAACCUUAGCUCUUGCAGAGAAAAAACCUGUAGCCGUCUCCGGUAGCAUAUCUGACUUGCUUUCGGUGAUCGGAAAAAGAGUGAACUCCUUCUCAGACAUCAACAAGAAACGGUUGCCUCUACAGGUUCCGCAACAGAGGAGAGUUCCAAAGAUGGGUGCCAAGUCACUGCCAGUGGCAGGAAAGUCUCUCCCGGUAACUGGAAAAUCUCUCCCAGUCACUGUAAAGUCCAUCCCGACGAAACCAGCACCUAGUUUGGGCGCAAAGUCCCUACCGUCAGAGGAACCACCUAAAAGAGGGUUCUACGACGAUGACGACGAUGAUGACACCUUCUCGCACCGAUUGUCACCCUUUGCCAGGCGGAAACAAGCCGAACGACUGGCGAAACUUUAUGCCUCCCGGAACGGACCCUCAACCACCCCAACCGCCAGGUCUCUAAAAACACCCAGCGCGGUACCUUUAACCUCCAACGCAGGCACGGAAGAGUACGAGAAACUGCUAGCACGCAGAGGGCGGCAACUAGACGAACUGGAGGAGGAGAAGGAGAAGCCGAAGAUGGCGACGAAGGCUCUGCCCGAGCGGCUCAAGUCCGUCAGCGGGACCUUCGAAGACAUCGCGAGCCAGCUCGACAACAACAUCAAAUCCGUCUCGGCUGUGAACAAAGACAAACUCCGCGCAGGGAAGAUGAAAGCCCGCGGUGGACCGGUCUUUAACACGGGAGCGAGAAUCGAGGGAGGUGGGGGUGGGAAGAUGUCCAGACGUGGGGGAUCAGACCCGUGUCCCUGCUACAACAAGUACAGUCCGGUGAACGUUGUGCGAAGGACGGUGAAGCGGGUGGUUCGAGCGGUCAAGUCGGGUACGAACAGUUUGUAUGACGUGGCCGACGCCGGGCUGGACAAGACCAAGGACGUGAAGGACGCCGCGCGGAAUGACCUCGUGGACCCGGUAGUCAGGAUGCUCCCGGUGGUGUCACCGGUGGUGGAAGGGAUGGUUGAUGUCGGGGAUGCUGUCGCGGAUGGAGCCAUCAGCGCUGCCAAAGGGGUUGUCCAGGGUGGCAAGAGCCUCAACGAUGGGUUCUACAAUGGUAUAGAGGGCAUGCUGAAGAAGGACAAGUCGUGUAUUUGUCCUGAGACUACGACAUAGGGGGCUCCGGAGGUCCGUUUAGUGGGCUGGAUGCACGUGUCUCGGAUCUGUGUUUGGAUGGUUGGCUUCCCUUCAUAAGGAGAGAUUCUCUUGCGUGAUCGCCGAAUUUUGAAAACCAUAGCUCCAUGAACUUUCCGCGGUAAAAGUAACGCGAAGCAAUGGUGCCUUUGAAAAAGAUGUGGCUCUGGAGUCAGCACCUAAUGCCCCUUAAGUCCAUUCAAUAAGAGAUUAUAGCCCAAAUUUACUGCCCAAAUUUUAAGUUUAUGAGCCUAUAACCUUCACAAAUGUAUAAUCCUUUGUAAAGCACGGUCAAUGAAGUCUCAUCCAUGAUUCACCUGAAGCAUAUUUCAUUGACUUAUACUGACUGAUAAGGCUCACAUGUAAGAGCCAUAAUAUGCUCUGAUUCAUCCUCUCUUUUCCGAACAACCUUACCAAUACUAUUGCAUUACCAUCAACUGAACGUUUGGACGUCAUUUACUAUCUGAAAGAUUAACUUAUCCAAACACGAUCCUCUGAAAUGCGCCACUAGCCCAGUAGCCCCUAAAGUCAACACCAGUUGGUUCAGUAUAAUUGUUCAUCAAGGGCCAUUGGGGAACCUCUGAUUAUUCAUUCUUUUCAACAAACGCCAAUACCGAUCCGAUUUUAAUACAGUGGUGAAUCAUAUACACCUUCCUCUGCAAGCAUUGAGUCAUCCCGUAGUCAGGGCUUUAACCACCACUAGACUGGCGGGUGACAAGAAUUGACGGUCCUACAAUCAGCUUUUAGGAGGCUCAAUUAUUGUGGCAGUGAUUUAUCAUCGGUACUUAAAAUGGACUGUAUUUUGCAAUUUGGACCUAUAAAUUCCGGCCCGGUUUAAAAACAACGUAUGUACCAUUAGUUUCCCUAUGCACAUAAGUGUUUUUUCAGAUGAGCCAGAAUUUAUAGGUCCAAAUUGCAAAAUGCAGUCCAAAUAAAAAGCCCCGCGGAGUCUCACAUAUCCGCGAUUUGGCUUAUCCGCGGUCGAUCGAGAGGAAAUUUCUGCCAUACUACAAGGUUAAUUUAUAACCAGUAAAAAUGAUGGUGGCUGAUUCUAAGAAAUUCUAUAGUUUCUCCUCGAUUUGUUCCAAAAUAAAACUUCAUUCAUUCCUCAAGUAAGAUAGAAUAAGUCCAAGAAUUGUGUGGUUUCUAUAGUUUUUUUACAACUAUUGUCUCUCUGGUUAAAUUUUCAAGCCGUUUGUCUUAUUUCGAAUUGUUCGCAAUACUUGAUUUUCCACAAGACAUACUCCCAGUCUCUAUCACCAUGGUUAACCGAGGGCUGAUCACGAAAAUGAGAUUCGUGGUUGAUUAUUUGCAUAGUGCGAAAUUUUUUCGAUGUUUUUCUUGUAUUAUCUUAAUUAAGAGGAUUUGGAAUUUUUGUGAAAUGUAGAUACCUAUUCAUAUUUUUUGCACAUAAUCGUUUUUAAGACCUUUGAAGAGUGAAAAGUAACUGAGAUUAUUAAUAGCAGGCCUCGAUGACUUCAAAUUUAGAUAGAAGAGCAAAUAGUACGUUAUUCUUGAUUUCUUGGUCAACAAGGCUUGCUGCUGCGUUUUAUUUCUUUCGCAGCAAUAAGACUUUUGCGAACAAAAGAUUCUCAUUGAAACCCCUCUCACGUCUUUAAUUGUGAUAUGAUGAUAAGUUGGAAUAAACGAGUUGCGUGAAAUUUUAGACGGUAGUGGUACUUUUUACGAUUCGUCAAUAAACAAAGCAGUGUCAAGAUUUUUAAAAUAUAAGGAUAAUAUUUAACUUUUCAUUUA